UUUGAAUUUCAUUUUUAAAUUCCUUUCAAUUAUGUCUUGUUAUUAUUUUUUAGUCAAUUAUAUUAUUAUAUAGAAAUUUGAAUAUUAUUAUUGGUGUUUUUUUUUUAAAAUGAGUUCCUUUGAUUUGAAAAAUUCAAAAAAAGAUUUUGUGUGGAAGUAUGUUAUUGAAGUUGCCGGGGAGCAAUAUUUAAGAUGUAAAUUUUGCAAUCAAAGAUGCACGGGAGGGGUGAAUAGACUCAAGCAUCACUUAGCCGGAACUCAUCAUGGUAUGAAACCAUGCAACAAGGUUAGUGAAGAUGCUAAAUUGGAAUGCAAAGAGGCAUUGGCCAAUUUUAAGGAUCAAAAAACGAAAAGAAAUGAAUUGUUCCAAGAAAUUGGUAUGGGUCCAACUUCAAUGCAUGAGAGUGCCUUGUCUAAAACAAUAGGGACAUUAGGGAGUGGGAGUGGGAGUGGGAGUGUAAGUGGGAGUGGGGAACCUAUUCCUAGGGGACCCAUGAAUAAAUUUACCACUUCACAACCUAGACAAACUACUUUGAAUUCAAAGUGGAAGCAAGAAGAAAGGAAGGAAGGAAGUGUGUAGAAAAAUUGGUAAGUUCAUGUAUUCAAAAGGUCUCCCAUUCAACACUGUGAAUGAUCCUUAUUGGUUUCCUAUGAUAGAUGCUGUUGCAAAUUUUGGGCUCGGGUUUAAGCCUCCAUCUAUGCAUGAAUUAAGGACAUGUAUUCUUAAAGAAGAGGUGAAUGACCUAAGUAUCAUUAUGGAAGAUCAGAAAAAAGCUUGGAAACAAUAUGGAUGUUCAAUUAUGUCAGAUGGUUGGACAGAUGGAAAGAGUAGGUGUCUUAUCAAUUUUUUGGUGAAUAGUCCUGCUGGCACUUGGUUUAUGAAAUCAAUUGAUGCUUCUGAUACAAUAAAAAAUGGGGAAUUGAUGUUCAAAUAUCUUGAUGAGGUGGUUGAAGAAAUUGGAGAGGAGAAUGUUGUGCAAGUCAUCACUGAUAAUGCCUCUAAUUAUGUGAAUGCUGGAAUGAGGCUUAUGGAAAAAAGGAGAAAAUUGUGGUGGACUCCUUGUGCUGCUCAUUGUAUUGAUUUGAUGUUGGAGGAUAUUGGAAAGUUAAAUGUUCAUGUUACUACACUAUCUCGAGUUAGGCAAGUAGUGAAGUUCAUAUAUGGGCAUACUUGGGUUCUUAGCUUGAUGAGAACAUUUACAAAAAAUCAUGAACUGCUUCGUCCAGCAAUUACACGAUUUGCUAUUGCAUUUCUUACUCUCCAAAGUCUUUAUAAGCAAAAGCAAGCUCUUAUAGCAAUGUUCUCUUCAGAAAAAUGGUGUUUAAGCACAUGAGCUAAAAAGGUAGAAGGUGUGAAAACUCAAAGUACAGUGUUGUUUGAUCCAAAUUUUUGGCCUCAUGUUGUUUUUUGCAUAAAGACCACUGUUCCAUUAGUUAGUGUCUUGAGAGAGGUUGAUUCAGAGGAAAGACCAGCCAUGGGUUAUAUUUAUGAGUUGAUGGAUUCAACUAAGGAGAAGAUUGCAUUUAAUUGUCGGGGUGUGGAGAGAAAAUAUGGCCCAAUUUGGAGAAAAAUUGAUGCAAGAUGGACUCCGCAACUUCAUCGACCUUUACAUGCAGCGGGUUAUUAUCUUAAUCCUCAAUUGCGGUAUGGAGAUAAGUUCUUUAAUGCUGAUGAGGUGAGGAAGGGAUUAUUUGAAUGCAUGGAUAGGAUGUUGGAUUAUCAAGAACGUUUAAAAGCUGACAUUCAGUUGGACUCAUAUGACCAAGCAAUGGGUGAAUUUGGGAGUCGUAUUGCAAUUGAUUCUCGAACAUUAAGAAGUCCUACAAGUUGGUGGAUGCGUUUUGGGGGUUCAACACCGGAGUUGCAAAAGUUUGCUAUUCGAGUCCUUAGCCUUACUUGUAGUGCUUCGGGAUGUGAAAGAAAUUGGAGAACAUUUGAGUCGAUCCAUACAAAAAAAAGAAAUACACUUGAACAUCAAAGGUUGAAUGCUCUAGUGUAUGUAAGAUACAACACUAGAUUGAGAGAGCGAAGUCUACAAAGGAAACAAAAUGUUGAUCCGAUUUUGGUAGAGGAGAUUGAUUCGGAUGAUGAAUGGAUUGUGGAGAAAGAAGAUCCCCUCCUCCCCCUUAAUCUUUGUUGGCUUCAAGAUAAUGAGUUAUUCAGUGUUGAUGCCAUUAGAGCUGUGUCAUCGAACUCCCAAGAGACUGAAACAUCAUCGGAUCACAUGGUUUCUUCACAUUCCUACAAAAGGAAACAUAAUGAAGUACCAAGUACAAGUGGAGGCAAAGGCAAAGAGAAGGAGUUGAAUUUGACACCAAUUGAUGAAGAUGAAGAUUUACAUGAAAUGGGGAUACAUGAUAGUGGACAUUUUCCUACUAUUGAUACAUUGGAUGAGGAUGAUGAUGACCUUGAGGAUGAGGAUUUAAGUUGAAACAAUUGACUCUAGUUGUUAUUUUAUGACUUAGUUAUGGAUUUUUUGUAAAAGUUUAGAACUAUUAUUAUGGUUGACUCUAUUUUUUAUUUCAUGACUUAGUUAUGGUUUUUUGUUAAAGUUUGAAACUAUUAGUAUAGUUGAAUCUAGAAUCUAUUUUAUGACUUUGUUAUGGUUUUUUUGUGAAAGUAGGGUACUAGUAUGCUUUUUUUUUUUUAUGAUUCUAAUGAAUUGUUUUCAUGUUUCUAUUUAUGCUAUUUUAUUUUAUAUAUUUAAAAAUAUUAAUUAAUUAUAUAAUGUGAGGCUCAAAAAGCUUACGCCUCAACGCCUCGAGGCUUACGCCUCGCCUCGCCUCACAAACACAAAAACGUAUCGCCUUACGCUUUCGCCUUUAAAAACUUUGGUCCUAUUAGGGAAGAGAGUUAAAAGAGUCUAUAAAGGAAAUCUGAGAACCAGAAUUCUAAUAUAAGUUUUUAGCAACUAUUAUCCUUCCUUUGAGGGUGCAAAUGCCUUCUUUCUGGAGUGUGAUUGCUUAGUGUACCUUAUGUGUGAUUGUCAAGGAUGUUUCUUUUUAUUCCUUUUCUUUUGUUUCUUUGAUUUCUCAUAUCAUUAUAAAACAAAGAAACAAUUUCUAUAGUGCUGAAACUUUUAUCAUCACCAAAUUUGAUAUCAGAGCCUAAAAUAGCACUAUGAUAACUAUUUUUUUUUUAUCAAACCACUAUGAUAACCAUAGGUGGUCUAAGUUUUAGGUGAUGAUUUUUCUCUGCAUGAUUAUGGGGAAGGUUGAAGGGAGCAUGUGUGUUGGGUAGAAAGCGGAGCAACGACUUGGUUCAACUCUCUCUCCUAUCUUGAAAGACCUUGAACUACUCUCUUAGAUAUGGCAAAUGAUGUCAUGGAGCUAGAUUGGCAUGAGAGACAUGAUAAACAUGGCAUGAUUGGUGAUAUUACAAAGAAAGUAUGUGUAAAGUAAUAGAUUUUGCUGGAAAAAUUAAUUUACAGCCUUUUCAGAUUUGUUAGCUACCUUGGAGAGGUACUUUGAUUGGUAUGAUAUGAUGGAUAAAAAGGCAGGUUCAAUUUGCUAUUAUGAAACUCAUUAAACAAGUUCAAAUUUAGUGAACAGGUGAGGUGAACAAGUCUAAAAUUUUGGGAUAGCCAUGAAAUAUUCAUUGAGUUGAGAUGAAAUAGAAGUUAAAACAAAAAUACAUACCUAACUUAUGAUUAGCAAGAUGAUUUUUAUGAUUAAAUGACCACUCUUAAGAAAGGAGACAUGAUAACUGAUCGAGUAUAUGGACAAGUUUAAGGAGCUGAAAUUCUGUAUAAGUUGAAUAUCCAUGGCAAACUCUUUAUCAAUUUAAUACCAGAUUGAGGGAUGAAAUUCACAGCUAAAUGGUAACACAUUGUCUCUAUGAUGUUGACAAAGUGUUCCAAUUGGCUUUGAAGGUAGAAAAGUAUCUGCAACAGCCACUAACUAGAAGGUUUUCUACCCUAGUUAGGGAGUACAAGUACUAGAAAAUAUGAUGAAAAUGGGAGAGCACUGAGAACAACUACAAUGUAGGCUGGCCCUAAAGUUAAUAUUGCAGCUGAUUCAAAAAAUAGAGCUUCUACGAUGAUCAACAGCUAGACAACAAAGUCCGUUGCUUUAAAUGUAGAGAAAAGGGAACUAUGCAUGACAAUCCCAAAAAGAAAUUUGUACAUUGAUGCCAAGACAAGAGAUCACAAGAAUGAAUAAUGAUGAAGCGGAUGACUCCUCAAAUGAGAUUAGGGCUUUGCUAUCUUUGCUUACAUCUAAAAAGGAUUACAGUUGUUGUUUACGUGUUUGUAUCCAUGCAUUAAACAAGAGUACAAUCAAAUGCAAGUUUCUAAUACCUAGAUUUCAUGAUAUCUUGGGUACGAUGGCAGGUUUUACAAUCUUCUCAAAGAGUGACAUGAAGAGUGGCUACAGUUAAGUACAUAUAAAGGCUUGGAGCACCAUUUCAUGACCAUUAUAAUGGCAUUAGGUGCAUUAGAGAGAUCAAAUGACAUAACCAGCCACUCAUGGAGACCAUCCUUUAUCAUGACCCUCAUAAAGGUGUUAGGUGCUAGGUACUCUAGCCCUUUAUUGGUUGAUUUCUUGUUAUUUAUUUUGAUUCCAUAAGUUAAAGAAGGGUUACAUUUCACAUUUACAACAUGUGAAGCCUAUGAGAAUUGAACAAAUAAAGAAACGUCAAGAUUAGAAGCUGAAGAAUUUUGUUGAACUCAAAAGAAGCCUAUGCUUGUUCUUAAUAAGAAAAAAGUUCAAAAGGUAGAAUAAGGAAAAUGGUAUUUUUUAUGCUAUCCUAGCCAAGGCCCAAAGUAAACAAAGAUCUAACCCAAUACCAACUGACGAAGUGCCUUGGAAGAGUCCAAGUUGCUGUUUAAUUUUUCAAAUGUUGCAGUGGAGGAUUUAUCCAAUGUGCUGCCACCAAUGUGUGAAGUUUAAUAUACCAUUGAUUUAAUGUAAGGUUCUCAAUUAUCUAACCUACCAACAUGUCAUAUUAAUCUAUUAGAGCAUGCAAUGUUUAAAAUAUAAGUUGAGUUACUUUUGAAUGGGUUUAUUUAGUGAAAGUCUUAGUCCAUGUAUUGUGCUAGCUUUGCUUGCACCUAAAAGGCAUGACAAUUGGCACAUACGUGUUGGUAGCUAUGCAUUUGGUUACUAUCAAGUACAUCUUUUUAGCAUCCAAGUGGUAAUUAUGAAAAAGAGGUACAUGAGUAUACAUAGGCGACAUCUCCUCAAUUCCUAACUAAGCUCCUCUUAUUGUUGUCCCCAACCCUUUUGAUUUACAAACCAAAUGCCAAGUCAGCUGAAUAACAUAGAAUGGAAUGCCUUUAAAGGCGUCAGUACAAGAGGGCCAGAUGGAGGGAUAGAAGUGAAGUAGAUACCACAAAAUCUCUAUAACACUUUUCCUUAAAGAUCAUAACACUUCUCUCUCACUAUACAAUCCAAGGCAUUGUGAGAAAAGCGAUUUGCCAUGCAAUCUAGGAUUACCUCACCUAACUUAAUUUCUCUUCCUCAUUUGACCCACAAAUUGAUGAUCAAACUGAAGUUAAUUGUAGCCAUGGUGAUCUUCUAAAAUGCUUAGUGAUGGCCAUGUUGGCAAUUGGAACCGAUUACUUCCCAUGACCAAAUUUGCUUGUGUUGUUCCAUAUAUGGACCAUAGGGCUCAAUCCUCUUGAAAUUUUUAUUGGUUUGCAACCUUGAAAGCCCAUUGAUUUAAUUCCUUUUCCUUCAAAUGCAAUUUGCUAGUCACGUGAGGGAGGUUCAUAAUGAAAUAUAUGAGAGCAUUGCAGUUGGCUUUGAAACAUACAAGGCUUAUGCUAAUCUCAGGAGACCUUUUGAUGAAUUCAAGGAUGGGGAUAUGACAAUGAUUUCUAUAGGACUUGAGCAUUUUCAAAUGUGGUUUUUUCUUUUUUGAUCAACUACAAAAGACUUAUUAAUUUUAUAAAAGGUAAAUGAGAAGGAUGAGGGGUCCUCCCCACAAUAUGCAACAAACUAAUCUAAGUAUGAGUAAACUCCUCUACUAUGCAAGGAGAAUUAUACAAAAUUGUUUAGUCGACUUAAGGAUAUACAUAGGUGACAUCUCAAUUCCGAACUAAGCUCCUCUCAUUGUGUCCCCAACCUUUUUGAUUUAUGAACAAAUGUUAACUAAGUUGAAUAACAUUGAGUAGAAUGCCUUUAGAGGCAUUGAUACAAGAGUCCUAGAAGAAGGAAUAGAAGUGGCAUGGAUCCCACAACAUCUCUACUGUAUUCCACUUUUGCUCCAAGAUCAUAACAUUUCUUUCUUGUCUCCCAAACCUAAGGCAGUAUGAGAUAAGCGAUUUGCCUUAAGGUGUUGCCUUUGAUAGAACUCCCUAAACCUUUAUAUGAAAUUGUCAUCAUGUCACACAUAGUCGAGGGUGGCAUCUAAUCUAUCUUGGCUAGACUGAAUAACUUGUGUCAUAGCCUUAUAUUGUUAUAGGAUAAUGUAGAAAAAGGUUGUUGAUUGAUUGUCCACUCCCCAUGCAUAAGAUGCACCAAUCAAGACUAAGGGAUUUGUAAGGUCUUCUCAACUAUGGCAUUUCAUUUGUGUUAUCUUCUUGUGUGCCACUAACCAAAACAAAUGUCUUGACCUUAGAUGAGACUUUUGAUUUCCAUAAAAAAUUGUUUGGAGAAAAA